AUGAGAAUUAAAACGGUGUUGUCAGAAGAGCCUCGAAGCGAGAGCGUCGACAACAAUCCGGGCUUUCUUAACUUCGGUGAGCCUUCGUACAUUUUGAAAUCACCAGAUGAACUUCGAAGAGUGGCCAUCAGCAACAACCCGGACACGUUUAACUAUGGCGAGAAUCCGUUUGCUAUGAAACGGCUUGUUGUGGACAAUUUUGGCGAGACUCCACCGGGUAGAAUUCGAAACGUGGGUGUCGACAAGAAGCCGAGUAUUUUUGACAUCGGUAAGCCUUCUUAG